GUUCGGUCUAUUUUUAGUAUGGUUUUUUGGUUCGGUUUUUAAAUGCACAGAGUGAGCCUCUAGGAACCCAUUUCCGGCUCGCUCCUCCGCUCCGGCCGAAAUCAAACCGAAACCCUCGCCAGUCGCCACCAUGGGCGACGGCGCCGCCGCCCUCCUCUCCGCCGCGGGCUACGACGGCGAGGACCGCAUCAGCGCCCUCCACGAAGACCUCCUCCGCCAGAUCAUCUCGCGCCUCCCCGUCACAGACGCCGCCCGCACCGCCGUCCUCGCCUCCCGCUGGCGCCACCUAUGGCGCUCCACCCCUCUCGUCCUCGACGACGCCCACCUCCCGGAGCCCGCGCGCGCCGCCUCCGUUGUCCGAGUCCUCGCCGACCACCCGGGCCCCUUCCGCGCCGUCCUCCUCACCGACUGCAGGCCAGCCUACCUGAACCGUGAGCUCGCCCACUGGCCGCGCCUCCUCGCCGCCAAGGGCACCCAGGAACUCGCCCUCUUUAACAAGUACUACGUCUACGCGCGCCUCCCCGCCGACAUCCUCCGCUCCUCCUCGCCCCAGUGCCUCUCGCUGUCCUUAUGGAGGUUCCCCGUCGCCCUCUCCCGCAGCGCCGACGCCUUUCUCCCCCACCUCCGGAAACUCGACAUGACAAGUAUCGGCAUGGCCGAACAUGACCUGGAUUACUUGCUCGCUGCCAGCCCCGUUCUGCACACCCUUACGCUGGCCCGCAAUUCGCCCAAGCGCGUCCAUCUCCGCAGCCAAAGCCUCCGGUGUGUGCUUGUAGGGGUGUCCACCAUGGAGAAGUUCGCCGUGAUGGACGCGCCACUCUUGGAGCGCCUCAUCAUUUUGGAGCCGCCUAUUGCUGGGUGCGAUUGUGUGAGGAUCAACAUUGCUUGUGCACCCAACCUGCGAGUGCUCGGGUACCUGGAGCCAAGAGUUCACAAGCUGCAGAUUGGUGACAGUGUCGUCGAGACUGACACAAUGACGAGCAGAUGCGCUGUGGUUCCAGGCGUCAGGAUAUUGGCCUUGAAAGUGAAUUUCCGUAUCUUGAGCGAGGUCAAGAUGCUAGCCAGCUUCCUCGGAUGCUUCCCCAACAUCUCAAUCCUACACAUUGAGUCUGCCCUACAUGCUCCGUCCUCAACUGCCUAUCAACCCACUUGGGAGCACCAUGCCAAGUUCUGGGAGGAGGUCAGUGCAGUUAGAUGCUGGAAAUCACGCGUCAAGAAAAUGGUUUUCCACAAGUUCCGAGGGAAUCAAAAAGAAUUUGAAUUCCUCAAGUUCAUCGCCAGGGAUGCGCAAGAGCUUGAGUCUUUGCUGCUUGUGCCGUUCGACGAAAAAAUUACUUCAGCGGUCGAGGUGAAUGAGAUUAUAGACAGAUGCGGGUGUCCUCAGUUUCGAGCAUGGGCCUCUAAAGUGUUGCUGGUGUCGCCCAAAGUGGACGGUGCUUGGAACUUGCAGAAAGCACUGGACCUUGCCAUCGACGACCCUUUUCUUCGUUGCUGAACACACGGUUUAAUUCGCUAUAUGUUCACAUGAUCGAUCCGAGCCUUUUGGGAAACACAUGUUUGUAGGUAUGCAUUUUCUUGAGAUAGGGCACAUUUCAGGUUUUCAUCAAAAAAAGACCUUACAUGUAUGUUUCAACUUUCACCUACUCAAGGACAUGGUAGGUGAAAGUUGAAACAUACUUAAAGACCAGUGUUAUUUAUCCUGUUACCUAAAGACCAGUGUUAUUUAUCCUGUUACUUAAAGACCAGUGUUACGUACUAGUGAUAUAUAACCUACAACUA